AACCUCGAAGUGGCUGGCGCAAACUUGCAUUUCCGUUCUUCAAUGAGAUUAUGAACACUUUAGACUGUUGAUGAUGUCGAGCUCACUGCUUGGAGAAGCGCUUAAUGACCUUGCAACUUGGUGCUCUGUCUCUAGGUCUAUCGUCAUGAUUCACAUGGCACCUGUGCAUGGUGCUUUUCAAAACCUCGUUCAGCUCAAAGUUUUCGUACCUUGUCGCACGCGUUCGAGAACCAUGCUCAGCUCUGCAUUGAGAAAAUGGUGGCUCCAAUGGUAUUGCAAAGGUGCUUCUGUUUAUGAUUCACUGCAUGGUUAUGAGUCCAGCAUUCAGCUCAAUACACAAAGCUCUGUACCUUGCACAGGUUCUAGAGCCAUGUUCAGCUCUACGUUUGUCAGGCUGGCAGCUCGUUGUGUAGGUUCUGCGAUUGCGUUCAGUUCCUCCACAACCAGCCACUUCAGGGUCUGUUGCAGGGGCUCUAGCACAUUGUUCAGCCCUCAAUCGUCAGCCUCAUGGUUCAACAUAUGGGAAAAUCAUGGUCUGCUUUCAGCACUGCCAACCUGGAUCGACAGCUUAGCGAGCGCUUUGCUCAAGACCAUCUCAAGAUCAUACAUGUAGCAGGAUAUUUGAACAAGGUCCCCCAUUGAGAAAGUCUUGUCCAAAUCAUCCACUCUGCUUUGUGGUCAUAGCCAGUAAUUUAAGCACUGCAAAAAAACAUGGCACCAUCGAUUGGGGACUACGACCAGGUGGUUGCGAUCACACAACAAAUGAUCAAUAAUGCACUCCAGGACUUAUUUGCAAUCCACGAAUCGAGCGCUGGCGACACCACCAUACCCUCAUUUGGCCCCCCUAACUAUUCGUUCAAGGAGUUUAAAUUGGGUUGCCCGAGAGUUGUCGUCCAUUACAGUGACGAAGACAAAUACCAUGUGAUGUACCAAAUCAGAAUUCUGAGCGGCAAGUUUGCUACUCAAAAAGACUGGGACUCCACAGAGGUUCUCACAUGGCCGAUCGAAAACUGGAUUUUUUCUUACGUUGUCAACAUUGCUCUUGCCGACGUUGAUUCAAAAAUGGCUGACGACCUACGUGCCAAACAUAACAUCCCGGGUGAUUACUCGAUUCAGAAACUCAUCAUGGACAUGAAAGAUACCGACAUCAGCAAGUCCGCUCCUGGUGAGUCGUUCUUUGGCGGGUACGAAAAAAGCAAAGAACCCAAGUUGUCCGACGACAACUUGCGUAACAUCAAGGAGCUCAUGACAACCAUCGGCAGCGGCGGCAAAGGCAUGUCCAAAUUGCAACUGGCUGAUCUGAAAACCCUCGGUUAUAUUACAAAUGGCGGACCAAAUCAGAAUGUUGUCAACUCCCCGACCGCGACUUUUGUCCCAUGUGGGGUCCAAUUUCAGACAUAUCCAUAUAUGUCCAACAACAAUCGUGCUGGGGACGGCACGAGCGGCAACUCGAGGCUGAACUACCUGUGCUACCUGGAGAAAACUCUCAACCCGGGAGAUCCGAAGGAACCGGACAUGCCAGACAAGGAGAAAAAGUAUCUGAACCCUGACGGCAACUGGACUUCAGGAUCUAUCUCAUCGAGCAACGGAGUGGACAAUAUUCCAGACGACCUUCCUUUGGGGACAUUUGUUAUGACAUCUCGCAAUUUCAUGGGCCAGUAUCUGCUUCCAAAAUUGCGAGAUAUCAUUGCCAGGAUGUCCAUUGCAUGGUCUGACCUGUGGACCGACGCCUGGGCGAAUUCCACGUGGGGAAUGGCCAUCAAUUUUCACAUCAACGACCCAGGUAACGUCACCGACCAGGACUGGAGCACAAAAUGGAGCAAGAGUCAGAAUGGCAAAGAUACGAUCUGGAAAUUCAAGAAAGACUGGCCCUGGGAUGAAAAGCAUGGCAAGGGCGCUCAACAGACCAAGGUGGGGGCCGAAGCAUUCAAUGAAGUGACCGUCACAGCGACUACAGAUAGUCCGGUCAUCAAGGUGUCAGGGUUUGCUUAUAUACGCCUUUACAGCGAGGUCUGGUGGGGAAUUGAGGGGCAUGCGAAAAGCAGUGCAGACGAUUUACACCGAACCUUCCGAUGGAGUUUCAAUCUGAAUCUGCAGUCUGUCAACGAUGGCGGUCUUCAGAUCACGAUGACUGAUCGGAAGCACAAGAUCGACUACAGCUCGGAUGACAAGCGUGACCUCAAGGACAAGUUCGGCGGAAUCAUGGAUGCCAUUGAGAAGUGGUGGAAUGAUUUCAACUUCGGCAACCUCGGCGAUCUGGAGAAUGUCCUCGCUCAAGAUAUUGGCCGUGCGAGCAAGCUGGUCUUCCCAUGUUCAGGAGCCUUCUUCUACAAGAAUCCUGUCAUGACCGACAAAGGGGACCUGAUGUGCACGGUGGGAUACAAGCCCAGCGGCCAGUCUUUUGAGGGGCCCCCCCGGGCGAAUCCCCAGGUGCUGCCAGAGAUGGGGAAAAAGAAUUUCAACGAAAAGAAGGAGACUUGGACCUAAGCUGGGCUAUGGAAGCGUUAGUAGUUGUCAUUUCCUGUAAUUACUAUAAAGUCUUCGCCAACUACCGCCAAUUUUACAUAAUGAUACAAAGCACUAUUCACCUAAAAAAGCCA